AUGUCAGAUGCAGAUGACGCUACCAUCGAGCAGGCUCUCUGCACUGAACCACUUGAUUUACAGGUGGCCAUGCCGCAUAUUAAACGAAUUGUAAGUAAGGAUUUCAACGCUCGCGAAAACAUUAUUGAGCUCCUUCAGCGUAGAGGGGCUGAGAUCCUGCGGAAUAUCCUCAAAGCAGACGGCCUGCUCAACUCCACUGCUGACUGCUGGAAGCAUGUCGUCCUGUUGGCCAUACUAAUUAUUAAGUACUCGACAUCCUCGUCUCUUGUCUACCUCAUACAGCUCCUCCCUGACCGAGCGGCGAAGCUGGGUUCUGGGACCGACGGAGAGCAUUAUGCAGUAAGGCAUAUGUCACAGAUUUUGGAGUUCUAUAUCCGCAAGCUUGUCUCUGACUCUAUCUCCAGGUUUCCAGUGCCUCCUGAGGGCACAGAAGGAGAUUCGUUGGUUACCUGGAAGACAGAGCUGGCGUACGUUCGGCCAGUGAUUGCUCUUCUCCUCGCUGUGAUAACCAGCAAGCAGGGCGAGCAUGCUAAUGUGACGGAAAUAGAGCCACUUCAAGAACGGGAUAUGUGCACAGGGUACAUCUCUAUGUUAUCCCUCCUUCUCAUAUUCGAGGCUGGCAAGCGCACGUUCGUCGAGGCAGACGGGUUCACUGUCCUAAUGAUGGUUGCUGCACAAACUCAGUCCAUCCCGGUAGUGACUGCCAUUCUGACAGCCUUCCACAGCUGUAUUUUCAACCUUGUCGACAGCGUCAACGAAGAACUGGAUGUCCCGGCCGCUGACUCCGCUUCUGGAGAUUGCAAUCCUAAGCAGACCACAGUGUACAACCUAGUGGUGGAUGCAUUUGCCUUUGUGCGUCCUCACGAGCUUAUUGAGUCUGUAUAUGAGCGCUUCUACCGUCUGCACUACGUACCAAAGCAGCCCAUCUUUACCGAGGACCAGCUGAAGCAGCAGCUCACCGAGCUCACCUUUUCGGUAGUCUUACUGUUUCAUGACUGUGCCCUCCCAGAAACAACUGGCUUCGUGACAGGGGAGAAUCUGCUCUUCAUUGCGCAAUACAUAGUUUCGGUUACCAAGGGUGUUAGCUUGUCAAAGCCAGCGCUGUGGCAGUCCGAUGGGUCGCUCGCCACGUUUAAUGCCAAGGUCAAGGGAGGAUUAGAGGCACUUAUGCGGCUGAUCAGUUUGCACACAGAAACCCCCACGGCCAUUAGGAUUCUGAUAAACGGAUACAACCAUGAGACUAAGGAGCAUGAUUCAGUGCAGUCCCAAGGCCCUGUUGCGGAGGACAAGUCAGUGGAUGUUGAGGGUGGGGAAGAACCUCUCAGGAAGGCUGAGAUGCCCGGAAAUAUUGACUUUCUCCGAGCUGUGGUUAACGCUGUCGCUGUCACUGACUGCUCAACGCUUGCUGGGACGCUGUUCUCCUUCCUCUCUCUCGUUGCAUCGUACUCUUGCUGCUAUAGUCGAAGAUUGAUAAUACCACUGGAGUUUACAUCCUAUGAGAGGAUUCUAAGAUGGGUGAGUGCGUAUGGCUCCUACAUUCUCGGCGGGCACGCUGAGACGACAAAAAUAAUCCAGAACAUGGAGGAUACGUGCCUGGUCCUUGUGUGGCUGGUCGAGAACUCCUCUUCUGACAACGAGGAGGGUGCAGAUAUCGAAGAAGUGGCAUCUAAGACGCUAACUCGCAAUGAAAUAUGGGCCCGCCUUUCCAUCAAGCAGGAGGCCCAUGGAGUGCUGAUGCUGGCCAUGGCAAUGUCUGUCAUCAAAGGUCUUGUGCCCACACUGACUGGUCUAUUAUCUGUUAUCUCGUGCUUCAUGGGCACCGAUGGCUAUUUCGUUAGACUCCUUACCGUCUUUAAAGAGAAGAAAGUAGAGAUAUGCAAUUUCCUUGUUGAUCUCUGUGCCAACCUAAGCAAGCAAGGCGCGUUCUGCUACGUUGUCUGCAAUAACAUACUCAAAGGAAUGUCGUCACUUCCAGAUGCAUUCUCAUCGGUUGACGUCAACCAGUUGGCGGACGCGCUUCUCCCCCUGGGCUUCAGCGACGGCGAUGACGACGUUCUGAUGAAGAUUGUUAACAGUUACGAGGAGAUUCCUCCCGUUAUAAAGGAAUCUUGUAAGAAGAUCUUGGCAAUCAUGGAUGCUGUGGACGGUGAAGAGAUGGUGGCAAGGUCAGAGCCCUAUGCCAGCCAGCCUGCAGCCGUUGGAUAG